UUUAGGUACCUAUUUGGACUUCUGGCACCCUAUGGCUCCAUGGUGGUGGUUGGCUUUGGCUUGUCCUGGUAACUUGCUGUGCAGACAAACCUUUAGCUCAGUAACCAUGCAGACAUUUAUGAGAGGUGGCUCGUAUUUCUCCCUCCAACUCAGCACCCUUUCACUCUGAGGUGUUGGAAUGAUUGGUUUAGGAUGAUUCCCAGCAGAGCAGUCAUUUAAUGAUGUUCCCUUUGCUUCCAUGCCUCCUUGCCUUGUGACUACUUGAACAGGUCAGUAAAUACAGACACUGGUACUGUCCUGCCCAUGGGAGCAGUGAGUGUAUGUAGGCCCUGUUGAGAGGCAGUGGGUGACUUAAGUUGGGCUUGUAUAUGCAGCAUGCAUCUUAGCCUAGUUUCAGAGGGCCUUGGGAGUGGGUGUAAGGGAGUACUGAACCCGUUGGCCGGAAGUGACCACUUUCAGAAAUGUUUCAGCCCACGCCUAGAAAUUCCUCCUGCCUAGCGUGGGAAUCUAGUCUUUUCAGCAGUCUUUCAGUGCAUUGACCCUGAAGAAAUCUGAGCUCACUGUUCUCAGUGUGGCACAGAGUAAGACGUUUGUUUUGUCUGCCUCUGCUCAGCCACCUAAAUGGGCAGAUUCUCCAGCUGGCACUUCGUGGGAAUCAGGAACAGUAUAUGUGUUGCUGAAGCAAGCACUGGAAAUCAGAAACAGAAGUAAUUAAGAUACAACCUCUGAGCAGCUCAAGUCCAGCACAGAGGUUUCUCUACUUAACUGAAACUAAGUAGCUCUUUAAUCAUGAUUUGGUUUUAGAGUAGUCAUUAGAAACCUAGGUUUGGCCAGGAAUUGAGUUCCUAAAUAACAUGCUUUUUUCUCUUUUUUUUUUUUUUUUUUUUUUUUCUUCCUCUUCCUUAGCUCAUGGAUUUGCAUAGAUACACAGUACUUCUGAAUCCCUUUUGGGAAGUCUAGUUUCAGAACUCAUUUUCCCAUAUAACCCUAAGUCUGUUCUGCCAAAUUGAUACUGAUGUGCUGUUUGAGGCGCUUAGCAGGAAUGAUUGAACAGUGGCUCCUUAUCCCUAGCUGCCUACAUGACUCAGUCUUUUUUUUUUUUUUUUUUUUUUCAGAACCGGGGAUUGAACUCAGACCCUUGUGCUUGCCAGGCGAGCACUUAUUCUACUGAGCUAUCUCCCCAGCCCCAUGACUCAGUCUUGACAGGAAGUUUAUGGAGCCAAAGUGUGGCAACACAACACCUAUAAUCCCAGUACUUGGGAGGUUGAGGCUGCCAGCACCAGAAAUGAGGCUUGAGUAGACUGAGUGGAAUAAUCUUUUUCGUGGCAGCUGCCUCAUGACCUGCAAAAGGUGUUUUAAUGAAGAAUGGGCCUGGAUUAUAGGCCCUAUCUGUAGUUGGUGAGAGGACCUGAUAGAUUGGAAGACCAGGUAAAUCCUGUCUCCAGCCCUACAUUCUUACCAGGCUGCUCAGGACCUGAAAAGGAGGAGGAUCUUGCAGCCCCAAGGCCGCUCAGCUUUGCUCCCACUCUGCUCCUCUGUUCAGCCCCUGUGACUUGGAUCUAAGAGAGGACCUCAAAGUUUUCAGCUGUCUCAGCUUUGCCUUGACCUCAGGAGCAGAGGUUCUGCAGAUGUUCUUUCCUUUGGAAGAUCUCUUGCCAAGAACAGCAUUCCUUGAGGGGAAGGGGUUCAAGUUGAACUGUGGCUGGAAUGUUGCUUUUCUUGGUUUGUGUGGAUGCAUUCUGGCAGGACAGCUGCUAGGGCUGGGAAAGGCGCUCAGCGCGUGGUGUCUCACAGGGAGAGUGCUGGACUCCAGGAUGCUGCUGCUCAUAACCACAGCCAGAAAUGCUGAGGCAUCUUCUGUUGGGAUCAGUCUGGCUUUUGAGUUCCUUUCAGUCCCUAAAUUCUGCUUUCUGUUUGAAGUGGAAGUGUUUGCAUGAGUCACUCGUCAUUUGUAAUGAAAUAUUUUGUGUGCAUAUUUUAAACUUAUUGUAUCCUUAAAAUUUCUAAGAGUUGGCUAUAUCCACAGUUUAGAAGAAAUACCUCUUGCAGAAAUCAAGACUUGUUCAAAAGUAAUGUAGGAGGAACAGAUGGCUCUCUGGUAGGAACACGCUAAACACUUUGGCUGUGGGUGCUUUAUGUGUGGGGACCUGUGAGUCCAGCAUGGAGGACUCAUGACAUUUGAGUGAACUGAAAUCAGGUAUGGAUGACACAGCAUCUGAAACAUCUCCAUCACUGGUCUGAACCAGUGCAAGCAGGAGCUGUUUCUUGAGAGGCUUGGAAUAUCCACCGGGAGUCUUGCCAGUGCUGGAAGAGCAUGUUUACGGAGUACACCUUCUUGUCUCUCAGAUCUGUUCUCAGAGGUCAGAGACUAACCAGACAGUCACUGUCCCUCUGAGCAGGUGAGGGAGCAGUGUCUGCCAGAGGACACAGCAACAAGUUUCAGGAGAGCUGAAGGGCCAUAUCUGAUUAACUCAAGAGCAAACAGGCAUGGCUCCAGACUUAGAGAAAAUCAGAAGAUCCUGGGUCUUUAAAAUAAAGGGUAUGGGAGGUGUUAGGUCAGGGACUGGUAGGAAACAGCUGAGGUUCUCUCUGCAGCUGGGUGAGAACUGUCAAGACACCUGGUCCCUGCUCAGAAGUUUCAGUGUGCCAGGUGUGAUGCACACUUAACAUUCCCAGCACUCGGGAGGCUGAGGCAGGAGCAGAGUGAAUUCAAGGCUAUUCCUGGGCUGUGUAGCUCGAGGCUAGCCUGGCCUCAAAACUGCAGAACAAUUUCAUGAUGCAGACUUCUGAGGAUUUUUCAGUGACUCAGUGAUCAGACAUGAAAAUCACAAGUUGUAUUGGAGGGGGAGGGAACACUGCUGUUAAAAGUGAAACAAUCACGUGUUUUCAAAGAAAACCAAGUUUGGAAAUUUCUGGUUUUGGGAAGGUUUGGGAGAGCCCAGCUGCAAGUAGCUGGAAGGCAGUCUUUAGUACCACCAUACCCUAGCCCACCCACAUCUAGCUGCUUCAUCCAUGCCUUGAGUCUCAGUGCCUAGCCUCUGCGUACCUGCCAGAGCCUGGUCCUCACACUUCAGUCCAGAUCCACCCAGCAUAACACCCUUUACUCUGACUACAAACAUGAAUAAGAGUUGCUUUUGAUGAGGUCUGGGGAUUCUCUCAAGCCGUUUUGGGGUGUGUGUAUAUGUGAGCUAGUAUGUUUAACAGUCUUGAGAAAAGUUUUGAUAAUACCGUGAGUUACCAGCAUCCGUAGCUGUUAGGGUGCCAAGGACACUUGUUGAUGCUAUAACUGAAGGAAGGUGCUUAGGCAAAAGCCACACUCCCUCUGUCAAGCAGUGGAUGUCCACCUCUGUUUGAAUUGAGUUUCCUGUGUAAAAUACAGAAAGUAAGGAUGAUCUGGGGCAUGAUAAUGGGAGAUCGCUGAGUGCCAGGGUGGGAGGCUCCAAAGGGGCAUGGUCCUGGGAUACUAAGCCACCUCUGUCCAGAGCCACUGCCCUGUGGGGUGCUUUGAAAGGCAUCCCAAGCCAGGAGGCAUAGGAGCCGCGGUGGUGUUUGACCCAGCUUCCGCGAAGUUCCGGGCUGGUCCGCAGCUCUUCUUCCCCCCCCCCCCCCCCGCGCCCUCCCACAAGCUGCUUGAGUUGGCCUUUGCAGAGCUCGGGCUGCCCGGAGGAUGUGGUCCAAAGGCCCCUGCUGGGCACAUUCCAGUGGGGGCGGACUCCUGUUGUAAGUUCAAAGAAUCUGUUUUGUCCAUCUAAGAGCAUUUCUUACCAAGAAGUGAAAACCAACUUAACAUUGACAUUUAGAAUGUCCAGGUGCAGACCAGCAUUCCUGCACAAGGUAAUGUGGACCCUGGAUGGAGGGUUCUGGGCUCAUAUUCAGAGAAGUACUUGAGUAGUUGGAACACAGUGCACGCCAGUAAGCCCAACACUAGGGAGGCUGAGACAGGAGGAUCAACUGAGUCCAAAUUGCUUAGCAAGACCCUGCUCCAAAUAAGAGUGAUUUAUAAAAAGAUUUUAGGGCUAGGGAGAUGGUUCAGUAGAAUAAGUGCUUGCCUGGCAAGUGCAAGGGCCUGAGUUCAAUCCCUGGUUCCACCAAAAAAAAAAACCAACCACCCUAAAACAUGGUGCCAUGCUUGUGGGUGCUGCAGAACCCAGUUACUGUAACCCUGUAAGGUGUGUGUGUCUUGGGGCACCUAGGAGUUCCCACAGGGCUGUCUGAGGCUUGGGGUUAGACCUCAGUAACCAAUUGUGGUAUCUUGAUAAGAUAUAUCACAAGCCUGUAGAAUGGUAGGGUUAUUUCUCUGUCCUCAGCUGUGAUGGGAGAUAGUAGGAAAAGGCCUUGUUCACCUAGUAGUCCUGUAUGCACUCCCCAUCAUUGCAUCAGCCAUCUACAGCUCUGUGAUAAGGGCUUUUGUCAGGGGCCUAUCUCCUGGGGAUGGGCCAGGCAGGGCUUCAGAGCAGCACUUACAGCCCGCCUGGAAGCCAGGGCUUGUUUUGCAGGGACCCCUACCACGCCCAGCUGCAUUGGAUCUGUCUGCUGGCUGCUCUCGGGUUUGAUCCUUUCUACUCUGAGGAGGCUGGGGCCACGUGGCCUCGCCCCGCCCUUGCUGGCUCUAGUUCAAGUCUGGUCCGAGCUGUGGUGGCUUGCACUCCAGCUGUCCUCAGAUAGGAAGCCUGCAUCGUGGGCUGGGGCAGCCACAGCCUCUCUUGCCUGGCACCUACUGGCCGCAGUCCUGGGCUUGUGCUUCAGCCCCAAAGCCUCUUUAAGCCCACCAGCAAGCCUUAGGAGACUGCAUCCCGGCCUGUGAACAGAGCCAGACUUCACACUGAGCAGCUGCAGUCGGGGAAAUCAGAGAAAGCACCAUCCAGCCGGAGAUUCCAAGGGACCUGCUGGGGACUCUGUUCUUCCUCUUCCUCAGGAAGGAAGGAAGACCCUGAGGCCACCUGCUGGCACCAGCUCCUGGGCUGCAAUGGGACCAGGAGCCACCGCCCCCAGGCUGUCCUCUGCCCUGCCAGGCAGAUAGGGCAGCUGUGCCCAGGAGGAUCCACCCUCCACCUGCUGUCUGGCACCUCCUCCCGGCUGGCCUUUCCCGGACUUCGUGGCCACCUUUGCUGACCCGAGGCCAUGUAGGCACUGCUCAGGCCUUUGCACACACGACUGGGGACAGCGCCUCUGCUCUCAGGGGACCCAGUGCACCACCAUGCCCUGGGGACUCACCUGGCUGCACUGUCUUGGGAUCCUCCUUGGUGUGGCUUUGGGGAGUGAGGAUUUGGAGGUGUGGCCUUUGACCCAGAAUAAGGAGUGCUCUGUCACCGGCUUCCUGCGGGACAAGCUUCAGUACAAGAACCGGCUUCAGUACAUGAAAUACUACUUCCCCAUCAACUACCGGAUCAGUGUGCCUUAUGAGGGGGUGCUCAGAAUUGCCAACAUCACCAAGCUGCAGAGGGUCCAGGUGAGCGAGCAGGAGCUGCGCUGCCUGUGGGUCUUGGUGAGUCUUAGUGCCGUCGAAUCGGUGCAGGCCGUGCUGCUGGAGGGCCACCCGUCCUGGAGGUACCUGGGGGACGUCCAGAAGCUGCUGCUGAAUGUGCAGCAGGGCCUUGUGAAUGUGAAGAUCAGCCCCAGGGUGGAAGCUGUGUUGUUGGCCCUCAAUACCCCAGGCCUGAAGCUGGUGAGGCCCAAAGCCCUGCUGGACAACUGCUUCCGGGUCAUGGAGCUGCUGUACUGCUCUUGCUGUAAACAAAGCCCCAUCCUAAACUGGCAGGACUGUGAGGUGCCAGGUCUUCAGCCACGCAGUGCAGAGCCCUCAUUGCAGUGUGUGGCCCCCCAGUUGUACCCGGCACCCUAGAAGCCCUCCACCUCCUACCUGGCUCCCUGGGCUUAAGUGUGGGGCCUGUUCAGGGCCCAGGGCUGAGGUCUCUCAGCUUGAGCUGCCUGACCCCAUGUGCAGACAACUGGUGAGUCCCGGGAGUUGGGCUGGCCUGAGACUUCUCACCCUUUGGAGAAGCCCUUUGUCAGAGCUGGGCUCCACUUCUGCCUUCCCACCUGGCUGUCCCCCAGAGAGUGGCAGGGAGCUGCGUGUCCCCUGGCUGUAGGUGGUGCUGAAGUCUCCUCUGGUCAGUGUAGCCAGAGCUGCGCUUCCAGGCAGCAGGUGGAGGCGGGGACCGUGUAGGACUCCAGGCCUCACCGUGGCCCUCUAGCCAGGUGGCACUGACGGUGGAGCCAAAUGCCACAUCUUGCCACAAUGGAUGCUCUCCUAGUUACCUUUUUCUAUUAAACAGCCGCUUGUUUUGUUUUGUUUGGCUUGCUUUGCAUCUGCGAUGGUGAACCUGGCCAGCCAAGGGCAAGCGGGCGGAUGAAGGGUAUGGCCAGUACAGCCCUGGGCUGGUGGUUGGCAUCUGGGCUUCCAUGGAUGGAGCGUUACCUAGGGACAUUCGAGGGUUAACAGUCCUCCCAGCCCUGCCCCAGUCUGUGGCACCUCAGCAGGCCCGAGGGGCGAGGGGCGUCUGAGGUGUGUGUGUCAGAGUGCCAACAGUGACACUGGCGAUCUUCUCUCACUCACCCUGGCUGCCCAGAGAGCCCCCAGCAAGAGAAGCAGAGUGGGAACAUCUCAAAUACCUAGGUCCAGGCCGGAGCCCUGGCUAUGCCUGUUCCUGUGCCGGUGAGACCUGGGGUGACCAUGGCCAGGCUGCAGGGGCGAGAGGGGGGCAGGGAAACAAGGCGGAGGCAGGGGUGUUAAUUACAGUACAACUUUAUUAAUACUGGAAUCUUCACAGUGCAUUUGUUACUUGUAGCAGUGACUAUUUAAAUCAAGGGGAGGAUGGAGUGAAGAGGGCGGGGAGGAGAGAAUUUAUCCAAAAACAGACAGAAAGAAAAGAAACAAAAUGGUCCAGAUGGGAUGAAGGGGGUGGGAGAGUGGAGUCGGGAGGAAAGGGGUGAGUGGGCACCAGGAGGGGCAGCCUGGGGCAGGGAAAUAAAUUAAAAAAAAAAGGGACAAGUUAACAACAGCACCAGAAAAGUUACUUCAGUCAAAAGACGCUUUUGAAAAGAAUAUUUCUCUGUACAAAAUGAAAAAUAAAACGAAUGUAGAGUGA